AUGAAUCUCAUCACCUGCUUUGCAGCCGUUUUUGCGGAAUUUGCCGCUUACGCGGACCCUCCAGUCGCUCCGGGCUCUGACCUCUCUGGUGGCCCCACCUUCGGUAAGGCUCCACGCGACUAUGUGACAAACAAAACUCGCUCGGCAGCAGCCGACCUCGCCACUCACUCCCACACCACGGACGUCAAGGACUCGCUUGUUGAGGGAGCGCAUCAAGAUAUCUACACAGCUGGCGUCGUUGCACGAACCACUGACGACGGGGAUGCCGUGCUAGCUUUGGAGAAGCCGAAACGACCCUGGGACAGUCUGAGAUGA